UUUCUCUUCACUAUGAAUCCAGAUGGUAGAAUGGGGAUGAAAUUUUAUUGGUGUUACGUAGCAUCUUCCUGAGACCAACGAUUGUCCCUGUAUAAAGGGUAUUUCGUUAAAUAUCCAUAUAUAUCGAAGUUCUUUACUCAUAUAUUAAGUUGUAAAUUUGAAGUUCAGGAAGUCCAAAAAAUUUUUUUUAAGUAUUCAUCAUGGCUGAUAAAGACGCGACACCAAAUUCAUUUUCUUUGGAAUCAGGCUCUGAAGCCAUUGUGGAAGCAGCUAAAACACCUACAGUUGAUCAGCCAGGGAUGUUAAAUCGAACAGAUCCCAAUGUUUCUGUACCAACUGUAGCACAGGCAACUUUAUCUGCAACUGAAAUUAAUGAAGAUGCUAAGAUGUAUUCGAAUGCCGUUGAACCUUCCAUAAGCGAAUCAAGUUCUAUUCAAAUUUCACCACAGACGGUUGUUGGUGUAUCGGAAGACGAACAUCAAUCGGUUGAAGACGAUCCUACAGUAUCCUUGGUCUGUCCUCGAGAUGAAAAAGUUUUUUCAUCAAUAGCUGGUGUUGAUAAUGGAACAAGCGAUCAGCCUUCCCAUCGACAACCUUUGUGUAUGUGCAUGUGUUGCUGUUUUACAAUGAAAUACGAUAUAUUCGAGGAUGAGCAACCAAUUCCAUUCUACACACAUUAUACAAGAAAAAUAAGAAAUUCCAAAUACAUUCUACUUGUAUUGGUUGCUCUGCUAGCAAUACCUGUCUCAUCUAUGUAUUUUGGUGUCAUCUAUAAAGAUUCUUGCCCGAUGUCUCGGUUUUCACCUGUGUUACAGAUUAUUAUGGGGAUUGUUGGUGUGAUUUUAAUUUUCGUUCGUCUUAUAACUAUAUCUAUUAGGAGAUUCGCUUGGAAUAUGAAAGAACCACCAAAAUUAAUACACAUAGCUUUAAUGUUUAUGUUGAUGGUUCUCUUGAAAAUAGAAAUGGUCUAUUUUCAUAUUCCAACACCUGUUUUUGAAAAUCCCAAAGAUCCUUCCUUCUGUGAAAAGACAUUUUAUGACUACGUGUACUAUAUGAAUAUCGCAGCUCUUGUUAUUGGAAUUCUGGCAUCUUUAGUUCAUAUUCCUCAAAAACCUCGUAUUGCCACGCAAACUCUUCCACAGUGACAUACUGAUGAUAAUUAAUUUUGUAUUUUACGAAAUUUUAUUGUACAUUACAUUGAAAUCUAGAAGAAGUUUUGGAAAUAGCUGAAAUUUUUUAGAUAAAUAUGUGUUCAAAUUGUUU